AUGAAUGAUCAGUUACCAGAUUUAAGGAGAAAACACAACGGAAGUGAAACCGGUAAUUUCAAGAACGCGACAACUGGACACAACUUCAGAUACAUCCACAACCCAUCUUAUACCUGCUAUGAAAGAGAUGGAUCGAAAAUGAAGGUCCAUGUGCUUUUUUAUUCUCCUACAGCAACAUAUCAUUUUAAGAGACGGCAAGCGAUUCGAGAGACUUACGGUAAUUCAAGCCAAUGGGAGUCUUUGGGUGAACAUGGAACGAUGCGCACUGUCUUCCUUCUUGGUUCCACGCCAAAUGAUACACUACAAAGUUAUAUUGAUUACGAAGCCAUUCGCCAUGGGGACAUUGUCCAGGAGAACUUUCUUGAUAGCUACCUUAACCUGACGUUAAAGACAACGAUGGGUUUGAAAUGGGUUAACUAUUUCUGCAAACAUGCUCAAUAUGCGGUGAAGAUUGAUGAUGACACAAUGAUGAACCAGCGACGUUUUCUCGACAAAGUGCUGGGAAAUUCUUCAUUGACCAACUAUGCUGCUGGGAAAACUUGGAUCGGGGCAGUUUCGUCGCGGAAUAAAACACAAAAAUUCUACGUUUCGAAGGAGGAAUAUCCUUUUCCUACUUAUCCCCCAUAUUUGGAUGGGCCGGUCUAUAUCUUGUCUACGGAUGUGGUCCAGAAAGUUUACAAAGCUGCCUUAACCACGCCUACCUUCAAAUGGGAGGACGUCUUCCUUGGGAUGUGCCUGAAGAAGGUUGGAGUUCCACUUAGAAACAUUGAAGGCUUUCAGCUCUUACAGCUCAGCGAAGACGAUUUGAAACGUGUCGAAGAAGUGAAUUCGUAUGUUCUUAUAUCAAGCUUGAACGUAACUGAAAUGAUCUGGGUGUGGAAAACGGGCCGUAUUUAGAACCACAGAUGGCGUAUACAUGCAGUGAUGCUAGAGGACCAAUGCCCACAAUCUAUUCAUCCCUUAAAAAGGGGAAAGGGAUGGGGAAAAGGGGGAGGAGAAAAGGAAGGAAAAUAGAAUUU